AUGCUGCAUAACAAUAAUUUGUUCAUUUCACUUCUUUUUUCAGAUAAUUCAACAAAAUCAAAAGCAGCCAUUGAAGUUUCUGUUUAUGACAUUCAUGCAACGAUUGUAGAGAUAGAUUGGCACUCAAGAGUUGUUCAUCAACAGAAUCUCUCAGAUUGUGAAUUGGUGUACAGGCAACUUGACAGUCCAGAACAGGUCGAGGUUUGGUCAAACUUUAUACCAACUGGCCAUGUUUUUCCACUCACAGGACUGAAAAACAAUGUAACAUACCGCUUCCAAAUGAUCUGCUAUGAUAUGAGUAGCAGAAAAUUGGAAUCUAACUAUCUUGAGUUUACAACAGGUGUCAAGAAAAAGCCCAAAAGCUAUAUAGUCUCGUCAGAUUCAUACAGAAGUAACUACGACACUGUUUCCCGAGAGAACCCUUACCAUGAUGAAGAGGGUCUUCGGGAUGUCCAGUCUUCCAGUGUGAUAUUAGGAGCUGUUUGUGGAAUUGUGGGUUUUCUAAUCAUCAAUGUAACUGUGGUGAUGGCAGUGAAACGAUACUCCCAACGUCAGAUGAGACAUCGUAGGAUACUGGUAGUAGAGGAAAGAGAUGAUUACGAAUUUCUCUAUUUUCAAGAAUUUGAAUAAGAGAGGCUUAUGGAAGGACUUUACUCAUUUCAAGGAUUAUAACCAACAUAUUCUUUUAAUGUCAUGCAUAUUUAGUCCACAUAUUUUUUACCUUGGACUCUUUUUAUUGGUCCGUGUUGCCAGCAUAGAAAUUAGUCACUAGAGGAUCUUGGCCCGACAAUCUACUUUAUGUCAAAGUAUCUUGUGAUAAUUCUACCUUCUAGCUUGCAUCGAGGUGGAACAGGUAAUUUUAGUCCAUAAAAGAUGUUAGUAACUUGUACAUAUAUUCUUUAUAAAGAUCCUCUCAGCCUAAGAUGUCUUCUAGAAAGCAUUUAGAUCAUUGUUACCUAAAGUUAUGUUAGCUUAUUCUAUUAAUAUUGGGUCUUUUAUUUCUGAAGGUCCUCAGAUUAAUGAGAAUGGAUAUUCCCACAAAUGAAGGAUUAGCCAAUAAUUUCUUUAAAUGUUUUGGCAACUUUAAAAGAUGAAUAACAAAGCCAUUAGAACUUCAACUUAUAUUUAUCUAACUUUUUCCAACAAAGAAACAUUUUGACAUUAUUAUGGUGAUAAGUUUAGGUAAGUGACCAGACUCUUUCAUUCAUUAAAAAAAAGAAUGACUUUCCAUUGAAUUUAUUUUUUGUAUUUUAAAACUGUGUCUUUGUAAAACUGAAAUUAUAACCAGCUGUAACAAGUCACCUUUGGGACAUUAUAAAACAGUUGUGUUUUAAUACACUUGUGGCUAAUCAUGUAGGGUUGGGAUACAAAUUGAUCUCUAAUUUUGAAUCAGAAUAUAUUCCUCAUACACUAGAUUUAGAGAAAACCAUGCAUCUAUUCCUGUUAUUUCUACCUAACACAUUUUUGUAAAUAUACAUUAAACGUUUCUUACUCCACAAAAAAAUUUCUAAACUUUUUUCUUAUUCUAAUUCGAAAUAAUAUAUACAAAGAACUAUUCUUUACAAUUGAUUGUAUGUGAAAUUUAUUUUGAACCAAUGUCCAAGUAGAAACAUUUUAUGACUGGCUGUAUAGCAUACUCGUGAUCUGUUGGAAACUUUAAAUAUGUAUAUGAAGCUGCCCAAUAAAAAGUAGUUACGUCACAAACAAAAAAAAGCCCAUAUACAUUGAGAUUCUUGUAACUAAGUGUGUAACAUACUGUGCAUUUUGUCCUAUUACAAAUGUUAAAUGUCCAUGUAACAUAUAUAGCUCACAGUGUCUAGAAAUAUAUGUUUAUUAAAUUUAAUAGUUUGAAUCUUUCUUCCAUGUUAUAAAUAUUAGAUAAUUGUCCAUAUAACAUACUUGCUGUUUUAUAGAAAUUUUUUAUUCAAUUUAGUAAGUGUUCCAAAGCAGAGACUUGAUAGGCAUUUAUGGUAAAUGACCAUGUGCAUGUAUGUAAUUUACUAGAAUUGCUAAGUGAUUGUUUGUGGAAGUUUUUUUGAUACUGAUAUAAAAUUUAAAAUAAACUCACUAUAGUUUGUGUAAUUAAAUGUUCACAUAGCUUGCAUUUGGUCAAUACAAACACUUGUACAACUCCUUCUAUUAAUAUGCUUUGUGUUUGUAAUAUGGGGAUAAUUAACACUCAGAUUCUAUAAUACAAGUAGUCAAAAGUAUUAGUAUUUUUACAGUCAGAAUUAUUUAAACCUGGGUUGUAAAGAUACAUAACAUUUAUUUUUUAUAUAAGUCGGGUAUACUUAAGCAAAUGAAACUUACUAAAGUUCAAAGAAAAAAAAAACUGAAAUGUUAUACAUACAUUCACUGUGUAGAAAGUUGAGAUGAAUCAUUAAAUUUUUAGUCACUUCGUAGAGAAAGAGAGAAGAAAUAAAACAUAUCAUACACUACUCUAUCUCAUUGGUUACUAGGUGGUUCUUUAUGUCUUGUAAAAUCGUAGUUGUCGAGUAACAUUAGAUCCUAUCAGUAACUUAAUAGAAAAAACUGAAAGUACACUGAUGCUUAUACUCAUUAUACAAUAUUUUAGUUUUAGUUUACAGUAUAAAAAGGACCAAUAUCAAUCUAUACUGGUAAUAUUUUUAUUAAUUAAUGACUUUAUUAUGAAGUUAUAAAAUAGUAGUGUAUGCUGUAAAGUAGAUGGCUUUUAUAUGCAUUUUUUUAGUGGUUUAUGUUAUUGUGUUUUCUGCAAUAUGAAUAUUUUUACAAGAAUAAUUUUUUCUUUGUGUUGUACAUUAUUAAAUGUUGUAAGUACAUAUCUUUGAAUACGUAUAACUAUACCAGGUUUUAUACUUAAAAGUGUUGUUCACUUGUUGAAAUUAUAAUAGUUUAAUUUUGAAUUUUUUAUAAUUUGAUUAUGUUCUUUGUAAGGUAACUUCAAAACCAUAUAAAAAAAAUGUACUUCAACAUAUAAACCACUGAUGUAUUUUAAAGAAUUGUUAAAGAAUAAUUUGUCAGUGCUGGUACCAUAGAGACAAGGUUGUCUCUUGUUAGAUUUUUGUAAGUGUUUUGUUUCAACAAGAUUUCACGUAAGACGUAUCUUUUUUAUAAGGACACGAAAAUAGACUUCCAUUGUUAUAUCAGAAACAAAUCAAAUUUAUAAUAAAGUUACUUAUCAUUCCUUAUAAGAUCAUAAGUACAUAAGACAGGUAUUUUUUAUUAGGCCAGAGUGGUUUAUACUUUCAUCAAGAAGCCCUCUCAUCUCAGUUUAUAAGAAUGGAUGUAUUGAUCACGUCAUGAAUACUUGAUUAUUUUCAUCAAGUUUUGGAGAAAUUUGCUUUCACGUGGUUAUCACAAACAUCCAUCUUUAUAUACAUUUGUUUCCCACAUAGGGAGGCAUAUCUAUAUUCUUUAUGUCAAGUUGACAGAGCUACUUUCUUUAGGAAAACUAAACAAACUUAAGAUCGUGGACACCUUGUGUUUUUUCUUUAUUUCAUGGAAAAGAUAAAUCUACCCUAAUUAGCAUUGGAAGACCAGCAGUAUAUUCAUCAGGAACCAAACCAGUUCUAAUCUCACAUCCUUUAUAAUAUCAACAUUUUGUCCAAUCUCUACCUAAUCUAAGUACAUUAUAUUUUUUUUCAACUUUUCUAUUUAGCUUAAAUAUGUUUUGUUGAAUUAUUGGUUAUGCUUGCUACUAAUACAAUGGCAGUUACUUUAUUUUCGGAGAUUUCGUUCUGUAGUGUGUUUAAUAAAUUAUACUAUCCUGCCUCUGAAUAUGUUUUUGUGGUUGUGACCUAUUAUACUUAAUCCUUAAAAGAAUAUUCUGCUAUUGUAGAGAGAACGUUUAGUUAUUAAAACUGAAUAUAAUUUAAACUAGCUUCAAUACCUAAUACGUAAAAUUUACUGAAAUUGCAGUUUUAUAGACCUACUUGAACCAUUUGUUUUUAUUUUCUUUAUAUCUCGGUCAAGAUGAUAAAAUUUAAGUCCCACACUUGUGCUUUUAUUUUUUCUUUAUUGGGCGAUAAAAAGCGCCAUGUUAUAGAAAUGUAUACAUUGGAUGAAGAAAUAAUAAAAAAUGCCUCAGAUAGUGA